UGGAUGACAGCAGGAGCUGCCAGGUAACUCGAUGAGCCUGUGAGGAGGCCAACCAUGGGUCAGAAGGUCACGGGGGGGAUAAAGACUGUGGACAUGAGGGACCCUGUGUACCGGCCGCUGAAGCAGGAGCUCCAGGGGCUGGACUACAGCAAGCCCACGCGGCUGGAGCUGCUGCUGGACAUGCCCCCCGUGUCCUACGAGGUGCAGCUGCUGCACUCGUGGAACAACGACGACCGCUCGCUCAACGUGUUCGUCAAGGAGGACGACAAGCUCAUGUUCCACCGGCACCCGGUGGCGCAGAGCACAGACGCCAUCCGCGGCAAGGUGGGCUACACGCGGGGGCUGCACGUCUGGCAGAUCACCUGGGCCAUGCGCCAGCGCGGCACCCACGCCGUCGUGGGGGUGGCCACGGCCGAGGCGCCCCUGCACUCCGUGGGCUACACCACCCUCGUGGGCAACAACCACGAGUCCUGGGGCUGGGACCUGGGCCGCAACAGACUCUACCAUGAUGGCAAGAACCAGCCCAGCAAAACCUACCCCGCCUUCCUGGAGCCCGACGAGACCUUCAUCGUGCCCGACUCCUUCCUGGUGGUGCUGGACAUGGACGAUGGCACCCUGAGCUUCAUCGUGGACGGGCAGUACAUGGGGGUGGCCUUCCGAGGGCUCAAGGGCAAAAAGCUGUACCCGGUGGUGAGCGCCGUGUGGGGCCACUGCGAGAUCCGCAUGUGCUACUUGAACGGACUGGACCCUGAGCCCCUGCCUCUGAUGGACUUGUGCCGGCGGGCGGUGAGGCUUGCCCUGGGCAAGGACAGACUGGCUGAGAUCCCCACGCUGCCCCUGCCAGCCUCCCUCAAGAGUUACCUGCUCUACCAAUGACCCCCAGCUCCAGGACAGAGGUGGAUGGAGCCGCCCCGGGCCCUGCCCUGCUGGAGCUGCCUGGCCAGAGGAUGGAUUCCUGCAUUCCUGCAUUCCUGCCACUGCUGCAGCCCCCGGUGCCCCCGGGCAGCCCUGGCUCUCAGCUGAGUGCUCUCUGCUCCUUGGGAGUCCCUUCCCCAGCACACUGACCAGAGGAACAUUGACAGAGCUCUGUGCUCCCCUCUCCUCCUGGGAAAAGGCUGUGCUGCCUCUCUGGGCUCCAGGGGAAUGGUUCUUCUGUACCAGCCAAAGGGAAGGAUGGUGAGAAAAGAAUAAUGAUAAAUGUAAGAAUUCGAACAAGAUCUGAGGAAGAGGAGGCAUUAGGAAUAGAAAUGUCGAGACCACGUCCUGAGAAUGGAAAGGCUCAGGAUGGCCAGCGGAGUUGGAAAGAGUCUGGAGUACCAUAAAGAAUUAAUUGAUGAGUUUUUAAAAGCCAAAAAAUAAAAAGUACAACCCCGAGCCCUGAAACACCAAAACCAAGAGCCCUUCCUCCACCAGGACACUUCUGAACUUGGAGAGGGUGGUUGUGUUGCUGAUGUCUGUGUCUGUGCUGGGAUUCUCACCUUGCUCUGUUGCUGUUUCCCAGGUGGUGACUCCUGCUGCCUUGUUUAGCACCAGUGCUCAUCCUGCUCUGCCCUGCCUCCUCCCUGGGGCUCUCACAGCUGAUUUUGCAGUCAGGCUGUGUCCCCACCCUCCUCCUCCCUGACUCAGAGCUGCACCUUUGCUCUGGGGUCCCUGGCUGGGGUGGGACCGUGUGUGUGAGCUGUCACACAUCUGGCACACAUCUGGCACAGCUGCAGCUCCUGUCCCCUGAGCUCUGCCCCAUGCUCUGCCCUCAGAGAAACCUCCAUGUUCACUAAUGGCACUGCCAGGGAAUUCUCUCCUUGGUAAGCUGCUUAAAUCCACCCGGGCCAGGCUCAGUUCUGUCCCAGACCACCCUAAUCCCCCUUAACUCCGCAGCAGGAGGGGCUCUCUGCCCUCUGUCCCAGAGCAGGGGGCACCAGCAGCAGCCCCAGGGCUCAGGCAGGCCAGGGGGGAUCUUCAGGCACAGCAGGAGGAAACUGAACCUCUCCAGAGCUGGGGAGCAGGAGAGAGCUGCAAUAAACAGGACGAGCAAUUCAGGCAAAAUCAGCACAUCCCAAAUAGAUCCUCAGUAGCCAGGUAAAGAGGUGACACUCCUUGGUUAGCAGGAGCUGCUCUCUUGACCUCUCCACAGGUUACUAUGCUGCCUUUCUGGGGUUAUUUUGCACAUUUCUUUGUGUUUUUUUCCUUGAAAAAUGUUUGUGUGAUUGUUUUGUUUUUGCUUUUGAGUUAUCCCUUCAGUUUUGUGUAGGUACAAAUGAGUUUAGUUGUUGAAAAUGUUAAUAUAUAUAUGUGGGGUGUAUGUAUAAGAACAUGUUUUAAACAGCUGCUGUAGGGUACAUUUUUGAAAAUAAACUACUUGCAUAGUAUAUUUUUUAAAGCACAGAGUUGGUGCCAAGACUGGGUGGGGUGUGAUGUGCCCCUUUUUUAUUCUAAUAUUAUAUGAGUUUUUUUUUUCAACGUAGGGGUUUGUACUAGUUUCUGUUGCAGGGUGGGACACAAAAUUCAGUGUGUGGAGCCCUGCUUGGUUGCCUUCAACUUGAACCAGUGUCUUCCAGAACUCCAGGGAAGAAGCUGUGUUCUCCCUACUUCUGCUGCCCUUUGUGCUCCCUCAUUUCCAUCUCUCCUCACUUCACCAGGACAUGACUCUGUACAGUUUAAAAUCCUUUCUAUUUUAUGACUGUAGAUAGCACUCAGUAACCUAAUAAACUUUAUUAAAUAUUA